AUGAAAUCUCUCAAGAAGCUCGGUUUAUCGAAAUCCAAGAGUAACAACAGCAACACGCCUAAGAAAUCUGACAAUCCUGGCAUUUUAGUCACCACUGAGUUGCCCCAGGAUCCUAUACCGCGUCCAUCUCACGGUCACUUGGAUUCAACUCCACCAAAGUCUACGAGAAUACAAUCACCUAAAGAUACGAUCCCUAUAACGGGCAAACCACCGAAGAAGCAAAGGUCUUCUAGAUUUCACGUUACACAUCCUCAAAACUUGGAACCUCUCCCUGCGUUUCUAGACGUACCACUCCAGGAUAGAACCUCAUUAUUUAUAAAGAAACUACAUCAGUCUUCUGUUUUAUUUGACUUCAAUGAUGCCUCCUCUGAUUUACAAGGAAAACAAGUAAAAGCUGCUGCUUUGCAUGAGAUGUUGGAAUAUUUAACGAGGAAUAAAAACGUGAUUACUGAAUCUAUUUAUCCAGAAAUGGUUCACAUGUUCGCUUGCAAUUUAUUCCGUUCUAUACCACCACCUGUCAACCCAUAUGGUGACGCUUUCGACCCUGAAGAGGAUGAACCAAUUUGUGAACUCGCUUGGCCACAUUUACAAGUAGUUUACGAAUUAUUCCUCAGAUUCGUAGAAUCUCCUGAUUUUAAUACUAACAUCGCAAAACGUUAUAUUGAUCAGUUGUUUGUUUUACAAUUAUUAGAAUUAUUCGACAGCGAAGAUCCAAGGGAGCGCGAUUUCUUAAAAACUACUUUACAUAGAAUAUACGGUAAAUUCCUCAAUCUUAGAGCCUUCAUUAGACGAUCAAUCAACAAUGUCUUCUUCCACUUCAUCUAUGAAACUGAAAGGCACAAUGGCAUUGCGGAAUUAUUGGAAAUUCUUGGCUCUAUCAUCAACGGCUUUGCUUUACCAUUGAAAGAUGAGCACAAAACGUUCCUUACUAGAGUUCUCAUUCCACUCCACAAAGUCAGAUCACUUAGCUUAUAUCACCCUCAAUUAGCCUAUUGUGUAGUACAAUUCUUAGAAAAAGACAGUACGCUCACGGAAGAAGUUAUUCUCGGUUUAUUGAGAUACUGGCCUAGAGUCAACUCACAAAAGGAAGUCAUGUUCUUAAAUGAAGUCGAAGAAAUACUAGACGUUAUUGAACCUGCUCAAUUCCAAAGAAUUAUGGUACCAUUAUUCCACCAAUUAUCUAGAUGUAUCAACAGUCAACAUUUUCAAGUGGCAGAGCGCGCUUUAUACUACUGGAAUAAUGAUUACAUUGUUAACUUAAUGUCAAACAACCUCCCAACUAUUUUACCUUUAGUUUUCUCAUCAUUAUACCAAAAUUCGAAAAUACACUGGAAUAGGACCAUCCAUAAUAUGGUUUACAACGCAUUAAAAUUAUUCAUGGAUAUGAACCCGCCACUCUUUGAUGAAUGUACUUCAAAUUACAAACCGCAAAGA